GUGUUGAGUAAAGCUGCACAGUUCACGCUGACAAAAGGAAACCACAAAGCAGCCGAGAGUAUGGCAAUGAAAGCAGUAACAGUUAGGGACAGAAUAGAAGGGGAUGACAGUCUUAGUACACUAGCAAGUGUUAUCAUCCUAGCGGACGUGCUGCAGUAUCGGGGGAAGUACGAAGCGGCAGAAGAGAUGAACCGACGAGCGCAAGAGGGAUAUGAGAAGGCGCUGAGAACAGAUCACCCCUCCACGCUGACUAGUGUGGGCAACCUGGCAGGGGUGCUGCAGCAUCAGGGGAAGUACGAAGCAGCAGAAGAGAUGAGCCGGCGAGCACUGGAGGGAGGAGUGAAGGCGCUGGGGACCGAUCAUCCUAACACGCUCAACAGUCUAUACUGCUUAGCUUUCCUUUUUCUUCGCCAGCAACAAUACGAAAUUGCAUUUGCUCUAUAUCUAAGGGCA